AUGAAAGGAAACACAUUAACACUCGUGAAGGACGCUUAUCACGAAAUAAAGAAAAAUGUUAAGACAAAGCGAGAUAUUGUGGGUCUAUCUGUGAUUGCACUGGUUGUGUUGGAGAUCCUGUCCAUCAUUUCUCUGAUUUGGGAUUCAAUCAGACCUGGAAAAAAGCUAUCCCGGUUUGAAUUGUUCAAAUCGCCUGCGUUUUCUUCCAUUGUGUCUUGUGCAGUUCGUGGCGAGGGUGUUGGUUGUUUUGAAAAACUUGGCCCUCGCCUGGUUCAAGAAGCGCAAUACCGUUUCUCCGCCAUAUCUCAGGAGCAACUCGAAAGGUACUUGAACUCAUUUAUUUUCCACUGA